AUGGGCGGCUGCAGCAUCCUCCUCCUCCUCCUGGCCCGCCGGCGGCUCCGUGCCCGCACCUGCGGCCGCGCCGCGUCCUCGCUGAGCGCGCUGCGGCCGGCGGAGACGCUGCCCGGGCCGCCCAGCUGGCCGCUGAUGGGCAGCCUGCCCGACGUGCUCUGGAAGGGGGGGCUCAAGAGGCAGCACGAGACCCUGGCUCAGUACCACCGGCGCUUCGGGAAGAUUUUCCGCAUGAAGCUGGGCGCCUUCGACUCGGUGCACAUCGCGGCGCCCUGCCUGCUGGAGGCUCUGUACCGCCGCGAGAGCGCCUGCCCCCAGCGCCUCGAGAUCAAGCCCUGGAAAGCCUAUCGCGACUAUCGCGACGAAGCCUACGGGCUGCUCAUCCUGGAGGGAAAGGACUGGCAGAGGGUCAGAAGUGCCUUUCAGAAGAAACUGAUGAAGCCCCGGGAGGUGGCGAAACUGGACACGGCCAUCAAUGAGGUCCUGGAGGACUUUAUGUACAGAAUAGAUGAGAUUUGUGAUCACAAUGGCCAGAUGGAAGACGUCUAUUCAGAAUUCAACAAAUGGUCUUUUGAAAGUAUCUGUCUGGUGCUGUAUGGAAAGAGGUUUGGCCUCCUGCAGCAGGACGUAGAGGAAGAAAGUCUGAACUUCAUCAAGGCUGUAAAAACGAUGAUGGCCACGUUUGGGAUGAUGAUGGUGACCCCUGUGGAGCUGCACAAGGGGCUCAACACCAAAGUCUGGCAAGCUCACACCAAAGCAUGGGAUGAUAUAUUCAAAACAGCCAAGCACUCCAUCGACAGCCGGCUGCAGAGGCACUCUGCCGACCCGCAGGGGGAUUUCCUGUGUGACAUCUACUCGGGGGGACAGCUGUCCAGGAAGGAGCUGUACGCUGCCAUCGCCGAGCUGCAGAUCGCCGGCGUCGAGACGACAGCCAACAGUUUGCUGUGGGCUCUGUACAACCUCUCCCGCAAUCCACACGUCCAGCAGAAGCUUUUCCAGGAAAUCCAGAGGGUUUUGGCUCCUCAGCAGAGCCCGAGUGCUGAGAGCCUGAGGAACAUGCCCUACCUAAAAGCCUGUCUGAAAGAAUCCAUGAGAUUAACCCCAUCAGUGCCUUUCACCACCCGCACCAUCGACACAGAAAUGGUUCUGGGAAAUUACAUGCUGCCCAAAGGGACGGUGCUGAUGAUCAACAGCCACGCCCUGGGCUGCAGUGAGGAUUAUUUCAGGGGCUGGGCAGAGUUCAGGCCCGAGCGCUGGCUGCACAGGGGCUCCAUCCACCCCUUCUCCCACGUGCCCUUCGGCAUGGGCAGGAGGAUGUGCGUGGGGCGCCGCCUGGCCGAGCUGCAGCUGCACCUGGCCCUCUGCUGGCUGAUCCGCAGGUACCGCGUGCUGCCCACGGACCUGGCGCCGCUGGAGACGCUGCACUCGGGGAUCCUCGUCCCUGGCAGGGCCCUGCCCAUCGCCCUCCAGCCACGAGCAGGUUGCAAGAAAUAA